AUGGUUGUCUUACGAAGGAUAUUGCUACCUUUCAGCUUUAUUAUCGCCAUAGUACUUAGACUGUCUGGAGUAACAGGUAUUGAGAUCACAUACAAGAUGUUGGCAACUGGAUGUGAAGCGCGGUGUAACAAAAUGUAUCCUCGACCAAUAUCAGAAAAGCCCGCCAUACAAGCGGAUGCCGGAACACCAUUCAUCGACUACGACGACGUGAAGAAAUAUGCCUGCUUGGAAGCGUGCCGCAUGGCACUAACAGCUUACCCCAAGAGCGAAGAUGAAAUUAGAAGACAUGACGUACUCAACAAAAACAGGACAGAUUAA